ACACAGGAAGGUCACACCAUCCCUCACCAUCAUCAGGAUGAAGAACAGAUUAACAUAAAAGUUGAGGUUAAAGAGGAAGAAGAAGAGUCGUAUGUGGGGGGUGAUCAGCCGUCCAUGGAGGAGGUUAAGAUAAUUAUGAAGAGUGAACAGGAUGGAAAUUCUCCACGUAUCGACACAACAGAUGGAUGUGAUGUGAGGAAUUCCUCGGAUAGACAUCUUCUAUUAUCUGCUGAUUGUAAGUCAGAAGAUAAUGUCAUCACACAGGAUCCUCCAGGAGGAAAUCCAAAUACACAAAAUAUACAUCACAGACCUUCCUGUCUGGAGACAUCAAUGGAUCCCUCUGAUCAGGGGGAAUCUUCUCAUCAAUCACAUACUAUGAUUGUAAAUAUCCAUGUAAGAUCUCACACUGCAGAUAGAUCAACAGAUCCUUCUAAUCCCGAGGAAUCUUCCUCACCCCAUGAAGGAGUUCACCGAGGUGACAAUCUAUUCUCAUGUUCAGAGUGCGGAAAAUCUUUCACUCGGAAAGGAAAUCUUAUUUAUCACCAGAGAGUUCACACGGGUGAUCGCCCUUAUUCAUGUUUAGAGUGUGGGAAAUCUUUCACUCAUAAAAGGGCCCUUGUUAUGCACCAGAUAAGUCACACAGGUGAGCGUCCCUAUUCAUGUUUAGAGUGCGGGAAAUCUUUCAAUCGUCAGGAAGUCCUUGUUAGACACCAGAGAAUUCACACAGGUGAGCGCCCUUAUUCAUGUUCAGAGUGCGGGAAAUGUUUCACUCAGAAAGAAAAACGUAUUCGGCACCAGAGAAUUCACACGGGUGAGCGUCCUUAUUCAUGUUCAGGGUGCGGGAAAUCUUUCAAUCGUCAGGAAGUCCUUGUUAGACACCAGAGAAUUCACACAGGUGAGCGCCCUUAUUCAUGUUCAGUGUGCGGGAAAUCUUUCACUCAAAAAGGAACCCUUGUUGAACACCAGACAGGUCACACUGGUGAGCGUCCUUAUUCAUGUUCAGAGUGUGGGAAAUCUUUUACUCGUCCGAAAGUCCUUGUUGAACACAAGAGAAUUCACACAGGUGAGCGUCCUUAUUCAUGUUCAGAGUGUGGGAAAUCUUUCACUAAAAAAGUAGCUCUUGUUAGACAUCAGAAAAUUCACAAAGGUGAGCGCUCUUAUUCAUGUUCAGAGUGUGGAAAAUCUUUCAACAAGAAAGAUUAUCUUGUUAGACAUCAGAGAAGUCACAAAAGUGACCGCCGCUAAUCAUGUUCAGAGUGCGGGAAUUGUUACAUUUGUAAAGAAGACCUUAUUAGACACCAGAUAAUUCACCCUGGUAAGUGUUCUUAUUCAUGUUCAGAGUGCGGGAAAUCUUUCACUCUGAAAGGAAACCUUGUGAGACACCAAAGAAGUCACACGGGUAAGCAUCCUUAUUCAUUUUCAUAGUGUGGAAAAUAUUACAACAAGAAAGAUCAUCUUGUUAAACACCAGAGUAGUCACACUAGUGACUGUCUCUAUUCAUGUUCAGAGUGUGGGAAAUCUUACAUGUGUAAAGAAGACCUUAUUGGACACCAGAUAAUUCACCCUGGUAAGUGUCCUUAUUCAUGUUCAGAGUGCGGGAAAUCUUUCACUAAAAAAGUAGCUCUUGUUAGACACCAGAGAAGUCACAUGGGUAAGCAUCCUUAUUCAAGUUCAUAGUGCGGAAAAAAUUACAACAAGAUCAUCUUGUUAAACAAGUGCGGGAAAUCUUACAUGUGUAAAGAAGACCUUAUUGGACACCACAUAAUUCACACGGGUGAGCGUCCCUUUUCAUGUUCAGAGUGCGGGAAAUCUUUCACUCGGAAAGGACAACUUGUGAAACACCAGAGAAGUCACGCUAUGCUCUAAGUACGGGAGUAAGUCCUCCUCAUUUCUCCAGGCUGUCGGUAUACUUCCCCAUGUGGCCAUACGGCUGGGUACAAGGUCUCUCUUCUUAAUGCCAGAUGUGAAUGCAAACUUUUUUUGUGACUUUGUUUAUAUGUAUUAAAGUGUUUUUAUGCAUUAGA